GCCACUGUGCAUGUGCUGCACAGACUUCAAAAAAAUGUCGAUGGUAAGGACUAAGGUGACUGAGAGGUCUGAUCUACGACGAGAUUGGUAAUGGUAGACUGGGUAUCUACACGCCGAACACGGUGCCUGUGUUGGCUAGCUCACGUAGUAGAUCUACGUUGUGUAGACCUACGCCUCAUACCACAUCCUUCGCCAACGACCGUCCGUAUACCAGGUAUACGCGUAGCUGCUAGUACGAGUACUAGCGAUCUACACCAGGAAAUCUCAAAAAUCGAAAUCUUCGAGUCGAGUAGGAGGAUCUCGUAGAUCUGCGUAGUCCACCCAACAGAAGUAUAAACAAAAGUUUUAAACCCUCAGGCUCAGGUCCCCUGCUACCCCUAGCCAAUACGUGCUGACAAGCGGGUGUGCGUGUGGCAAGCAGAACUGCCAGGCACAGGCAGAGGGAAAUCCUAGCGCUAGUUCUUCGCCUUGCUGCAUUGGUGUCUGUGUAUCGCAUUGGGAUUUAGCGUGCCAGUUGUUGAGACCAGUUCGGCUGCGAGCAGUGGCGCUUGCAAACGAAGCAGUAGGUGCUCGCUGGCUAGUCGCCUUUGAGUUUGGAGUACGAGUGUUGGAUCGCGGAGCUGGUACGUAGUCCAGCCGCUAGGCUGCAUCGUGGCAAUCGGGCAACCCGCUAGAUCUGCCGAGGAACUGGUGGACAGAGCGACGAAUAAACCGUCUCUCUCCGACUCGCAGGCACAACAUUGUGGGCCUGCGCAGGCCCUAUUGGACCGGCAUGGCGAACAACUCCGGGCAACACCAGCAGCAUCCAGGCUCGCGCAUGGACACGGGAGGGAUCACGUACGAGUAUGAGGAACCACCGACCGUGAUGGUGGCUGGCCAGCGGCUUGUCACCCCUGCCUCGGUGCACAACAGCGACGAAAUGGACGACACGGGUGACGUUGGCCGUGCCGCCGCUCGCGUGCAGUCCGACAUCUCGUCCGCGACGUCGACGCCACACGACACCGCUCAUGACGUCGCAAUGGACGUAACGACAUCAUCAUCGUCGGCAGUGGCGCACUCCUCGUCCACCGCGUACUCUCCGAGUCUACCCGCGUCCAGUGGUGGAUCAGUCCAGAGGCAGCCCCGGGGCGACGGGCGGCAGUCUGCGUCGAUGCCGUCCGACUUCAGACCGUCAUCUGGCGAUGGUGGUGAUAGGCGGGUGGCAGCGUCGGUCGGUGCGGGACCGUUGUCACUACCCGCAGCUCGUGAUCUUCCCUCGCGCAACCUGCCCUCGCCCAGCAAUCAGGACUAUCGGUCGCUGGGCUCGGCAUUGACUUUGUCCAGCCGACAGCAGCAGCGCUCUCCCGUGCAGUCCGGUCACGUACUGUCGACGGCAUCGAAAGACCCUCGUGCCGUCGGCACACCCCCGGACGGCGAGCACUCGUCCAUGGCGUCUCUUUCGCAGAAUAGCAGCGCGCAUGUCUCGUAUCAUAGUAGCACUGGUGUUACCGGUAGAGGUGGAGGGGGUCAUGGUGGUGGUGGUAUGGCUGCUGGAGGAGGUCAUGCGUCGGCUAGGACGUCCAGAGAACCAAUGUCCGCUAGUGCUGCUUCGCUGGCAGCUCCUCCGUCGUCGUCCUCGUCCUCGUCGUCGUCAUCUCUGUCAGCUGACAGGCGCCAGCACAGCUCCUCGAAUCACAGCGGAGUCAGACAGCCCGUCGCCGCAAAUCGAUCCUACUUACCAGCCACUGGUGGGUAUCCGGUGGAGCUGGCAGAGAAUGUCAACCACUUGAACAGCUACCUGUGCUCGCACUGCAAGUAUCUGCUGCGAGAUCCGAUACAGGCCAACUGCGGACACCGCUUCUGCUCCUCCUGCUACCAGCUCCUACUCAGUGAGCCUUCUCCCAAGUGUCCGGGAGCUGCGUGCACAGAGAUCCUGCUGCCAAGCGAUUUUCAUGACGUGCAUGCAGCGCGUGACAUCGGUGCAAUGCGUGUGCAUUGCGUGCACAAGCACAGCGGCUGUGAGUGGCAGGGCAAGGUGGAAGAUCUGGAGACACAUCUGUCAGCGUGUGCGCACACCAAGGAGAAAUGUCCCAACCCAGGCUGCACGGAGAUGCUCGGCAAGACCGAGAUGCUGCAGCACGCGCAGCAAGAGUGUCCGUUCAGAGUCAUACCGUGCGACUACUGUCACGAACGUAUCGCCAUCGGAAACCAACAGGUUCAUUUCAACGAGCAAUGCAUGAGUCUUCCGGUCAACUGUCAGUAUGAGUGUGGCAGUCGUAUUGGUCGACAUGAAAUUGAGGAUCACCUGAGGCGAUGCAAGAACGCACCGGCGCUGUGCAAGUACAAUCCGUACGGCUGUCAGUAUCCCAAGGCAACACGUCACGAGAUUUGUGUACACGAGGAGAGGGAUGCCCACAUGCACUUGGACAUCAUGUGGAGGCAGAUGAAUGACAUGGAGCAUGUGGUUAACCAGCUAGUUGACGCCGUCAAAGCCUUACAGCAGAACACGUCGAAGGAGAUGAUACGACGCGAGUGCAUGGCGUGCUGUGAGAGCUUUUCCGACGUCAUUGCACCGCGGGGCAGAGACAGCAGCGGCGGCGGUGGUGGCGUGCCGAGUGCAGCAGCGUCGGCUGUGGUCAUUCAGGACGUGGACAGUCGCUUGACGUUUGUCGAAGAGCUAGUGCGCGUGCACUCAGGCGACAUGCAGAAACUGAACAGUGAUCUUCAGGCGUGUUCACGUGCAUCUCAGUCCGGCAGCGCCACGUCAUUAACCACCAUUACAAAGACACUGGAGAACCUGGAAGUCUCUGUACUGAAGCAAGGUGAGAGCAUGGCCGACCUCAGCCUGCGUCUGGACAUCAUGGACGUCAAGGAGACCGACGGCGUGCUGGUGUGGAAGAUCACGGACCUGCGACGACGCAUACAGGAGGCGCGGAACAAGAAGACGCCGUCCAUCUACAGCGCACCGUUCUACACAUCCAGCGCGGGCUACAAGAUGUGCUGUCGGGUGUACCUGGAUGGCGACGGGAUUGGCCGCAACACGCACAUCAGCGUCUUCUUCGUCCUGAUGCAGGGAGAGUUUGACAACCUGCUCGUCUGGCCGUUUCCGUUCAAGGUCACGCUGUCAUUGCUCAGCCAAAACGAGAGUGAGCCGCAGAAGGAGAGGUCUCAUUUCGAGGAGUCGUUUCGCCCGGGACAGAACAGCGCCGCGUUCCAGAAGCCAACCACCAAUAUGAACACAGGUACCGGCUGCCCGAAGUUUGCCCCUCGUGAGAUCCUGAACCAGGGCAGUUCGUACGUGCGCGACGAUAGCAUCUUCAUCAAGGUGGCCGUCAGUCAUCCCAAAGACACUUACCUUGCACCCGACAAGAAACCACCUUGCUGAUGAUGGGCACAUAUGCUACUAGUAACAACAACUCACAGUUUCCAAGGUGAUGUUGCCAUGGCUACAUUGCAAACGUCAAGGCUGCCUGUGGCCAUAAACAUCGUGACGAUGUGCUGGAAUAGUUUACGUUCUUUUUUCCAAAUUUAGCCUCCCAUGAUCCUUUUAGCCGAGUGUCGACAUUGACUUGACCAAUUCAAUAAUCUUUCUGCUGAUCUGCUGCAUGCUGACCCUGGGGACCAGGUUGUUUUUAGUUUUUUGAUAAAAAUAAUAUUAUUGAUGAUGCAGAACUCCAGCCUGUGUAGCAUGCCCGCGGCUGUACGUGGAGCCAAGUGGACGACCUUGCUGGACGCGCUACUCAAGCUCCACCUGCCCGUGUAGCAUGCAUGCUCAAGCUGUGCUCACUGAUACGGAAUCCAGCCCGUUCUACAGCGUUAUGUGACCAGAAUAAUAUACCUGGCCUCCUCUAUCGUUAAGCACAGAGUAGUAAACUAUCUACUCACUGUCGUAAAGUGUAGAUUUUUCAUGCAUACGCAUACAGCUACGUGCCUAGCCAAGCAUAGUAUAGAUCAUAACAAGAGUAUGCAACUGUGAUCUCUUUUCUAUGGGCCAGAUACGCAGUGCGCUGCCUUCAUUACAUCAUUCAGCUGCAGUCCGCGCACAGCGGAAAAUCAAACACCGCACUUUCCCUCCAGUUUGAAAUGAACUUUCGUACGGAACUGGAGUUCACGCGCCAGAAUUCAGAGAUUGUGUAGGUACUGGAACGAAUCGAGCAAAAACGGAUGGGCUCGUGUGAGAAAUUGAGAGUUUGAAUGCAUGCUUUCAGAGCAUGAUAAAGGCAAGUUACGUAAUGAAGGCAGCGCGCCGCGCACUGACCCAUAACCACAGUUGCAUACUCUUGUUUAUGCACUCUUGAUCAUAAUUAUUGCCAUUUUUAGACUGGGUUUUGAAAUGGGGAACUAUUGCUGAUUUUCAAAUCACAUACUGCACUUAUUAUUAUGGAAUGGAGUGGAGCUCCAAAUUAUUGUCACAUUGGAACAGCAAGAGUCGGCAAUGGUGAACUGAG